GUAAACAUUAGUGAGGAAGGAACGAAGCUUACGAAGUCGCACGCUGUCAGCUAUGAUAUUGGUUACUACUGAAGUUACAGUUUUUGGAUAUGUUUAUGGUUGAUGUCUCCUCGUUAAUGCUUUCUACAGACUUAGCUAAAAGAUGGUUAUACUUCUAGGAGGUGGGGAAUUUACACUAGAAGGAGAACAAACAUUUUUAUCAGGUUGCUUUGUGAAUGUUGCCAGCUGGUGCUCUGAGUAUAAGAGGAACCCUAACGACACGUCUAUUCAAGCCUUCAGUGCAAUGGUUUACUGAAGCUUUAAACACUCCAGCCAGUGUUUGUUGCAGAAAACCAUUUCCUUCUUUUGUUAGACACAGCAAAGCUAGAUUUCUCUACCACAAAGAAACACACACAAGAGUUGAUUCACUCAGCCCUUUUCUUCAUGUAAGGAGAAAUUUCUGUCAGCAUGUCCUCAAGGUUAACUGUGUUAGCUCAGAUAGGGUGUGGAUAGCUACCAGGAGCUGUGGAGUCAGAUUUAUUCAUGGUGCGGUUGUCAGGAGUGCAGAGGACAGCACACCUACAGAUAGAGGAAAAAUGGUGCGUGUACUCAGUGUUGCAGAGAAGAAUGAUGCAGCAAAGAACUUGGCCGAAAUCAUGUCCCGGGGGGGAUAUAAUAGACGGGAGGGCUAUAGCAAAUUUAACAAGAUCUAUGAAUGGGACAUGAUGCUACGGGGAGAGCAGUGCCAUAUGGUCAUGACCUCUGUAUCAGGCCAUCUCCUCAACCAGUCAUUCACAGGGCACUACCGCAAGUGGACAAGUUGCAACCCACUGCACCUCUUUGAUGCUCCAGUUGUCAAGAUCUGUCCACAGGACAUGGAGCCCAUCAAGCGUACCUUGGAAAAGGAAGCAAGAGCUGCAACACGCCUGGUAAUCUGGACAGAUUGUGAUCGUGAAGGGGAGAACAUUGGGUAUGAAGUCAUUGAAGUAUGCAAAGCUGUGAAGCCUUCUCUCCAUGUUUUGAGGGCUAAGUUCUCAGAGAUCACGUUUCAGUCAGUCCAGCGGGCAUUACAAUCCCUCGUACCGCCUGACAGGAAGCAGAGUGAUGCCGUAGAUGUACGCAGUGAGCUUGACUUGCGCAUUGGAGCAGCUUUUACACGUUUCCAAACACUCCGCCUGCAGAAGGUUUUCCCACAAGCUUUGGCUGAUACGCUCAUAAGUUACGGAUCUUGCCAAUUCCCAACCCUUGGUUUUGUGGUAGAGCGUUACAAGGCCAUUCAAGCAUUCAUACCUGAGCAGUUUUGGAAGAUCAAAGUCAAUCAUAAUGGAGAAGAGGGAGUGAUAGACUUUACAUGGAAACGUGUCAGGCUGUUUGAUGAGCUGGCUUGCCAAGUGCUUUUUGAGAUGUGUCAGGAGAAUCCCCAAGCACGUGUAAUGAAAAUUACGACCAAACGCAAGAGCAAGUGGCGACCACUGCCUCUUGACACUGUGGAGCUUGAGAAGCUGGCAUCACGAAAACUUCGCAUAAAUGCCAAAGAGACCAUGAAAGUUGCUGAGAAACUCUAUACUCAAGGUUUCAUCAGUUACCCUCGCACAGAGACCAACAUUUUCCCUAAAGAACUAAAUCUUGUGCCUUUGGUUGAGAUGCAGUGCCAAGAUCAGCAGUGGGGAGGUUUUGCUGGUAGGGUGCUGGAGGAGGGGCCUAACCCACGCCAGGGCAGGAAGUCUGACCAGGCCCAUCCCCCCAUCCACCCCACCAAGUAUGCAAGCAACCUACAGGGCAAUGAAAAGAGGGUAUAUGAGUUUAUUGUGCGCCAUUUCCUGGCUUGUCUGAGCAAGGAUGCACAGGGCCAGGAGACCAUUGUGGAGAUUGUCAUUGCUGGGGAAGAGUUUACUGCUAGUGGCCUAAUCAUCUUGGAGAGGAAUUACCUGGAGGUGUACCCUUACGACCGCUGGAGUGACAAGGUGAUGCCACGCUAUGAACAAGGCCAGGUGUUUGAGCCCACUGUCAUUGAAAUGGUUGAUGGGGAGACAUCGCCGCCACAGCUGCUUACAGAGGCUGAUCUAAUCGCUCUUAUGGAGAAACAUGGCAUUGGCACUGAUGCGACGCAUGCGGAGCAUAUUGAAACAAUCAAGUCACGCAUGUAUGUAGGGCUGCAGGACCUACGCUUUGUGCCAGGACAGCUUGGGAUGGGCCUUGUUGAAGGCUAUGAUUCUAUGGGCUUCCAAAUGUCCAAGCCCAACUUGCGGUCUGAGCUGGAGGCAGAUCUCAAGAGGAUCUGUGAUGGAGUGAAGGACCCCAAGGUCGUCCUGCAGGAGCAAAUUAGCAAAUAUCGGCAGGUGUUUGAAGAGGCCAUGAGGCAGGCAGAGAAGAUUGACACAGCACUUGGCCACUUUCUGAAUGAAGAGCCACAGAGGAACCUACCUGACACACCGAUUCCUGAUGUCCCUCAGUUUGAACCGGUGUGCAAGUGUUCUUCGUGUGGCUGUGAUGUGGUACUGAAGGAGAAGCGUGAGGGUCGUGGCUUCUUCCUCUCAUGCCAAGGCUUCCCCGACUGCCGUGUCUGUGUUUGGCUGCCAGACACCAUUCUCUCUGCGGCUGUUGUGGAGGAAACCUGCAAUCAGUGUGCAGGCUCACCCAGAAAACUUCGAUUCAAGUUCAAGCCUCGUUCCUAUAUGCCAUAUAUCCCUGAUGAGUAUGUAGCAUGUGUGUGUGGCUGUGAUCGGGACUUCCUUGACACACUGGACAUCCGAGCCGUCACUGCUGUAGGACCGCAGGCCUCGCAAGGAGGUGGAGGACGGCCAAGAGCAUCAGGUGCACGGACCUCCCCAAGCAGAAAUUCCUCUAGGGACAGUGGCUACUUGUCCUCGUCGUCCAGCUCUCACUCUGCCACGCUUCCCAAUAGCAACCAGAGAAGGAUUGUAUUCGGGCAGCGUGGCAGCAACAGCGGCUCUAACACCAGCACUAGCAACAACCACAACAAUAGUUCAUUCCCGUCCCCCUCGCCCACCUUCAAUAGAAGCCCCUUAAGGCCUCAGCGUGGGAGAGGUAGGGGUAGCCGAGGGUCCCAUAAUGCCAGUUCUACGUCCUGGGACUCGGGAUUCUCAUCCUUCGGUUCCUCUCAGUCACAGCCUCGGCCAUCCUGGGGUGGCACUGCCAAUGGCGAUGAGGACCGAGAGAAUGCCAUUGUCUGCAAUUGCAACGAGGAUGCCAUCAUGCUCACUGUCAGAAAAGAGGGUCCCAACACAGGUCGACAGUUUUAUAAAUGUUCGAAACCCCAGGGACAAGGCUGCAAUUUCUUCCUCUGGGCUGAUGAUGGAGGAGGAGGAGGAGGAGGAGGAGGAGGAGGAGGAGGAGGAGGAGGAGGAGGAGGAGGAGGAGGAGGAGGAGGAAGUAGUUUUGGAGCAGGAGGAAGUUUUGGAGCAGGAGGAAGUUUUGGAGGAGGAGGAAGCAUUCGAGGUGGAAGGGGAGGCGGAGGCAGCCAGUGGAAUGGGAGUUCUUCAUCGUCCAGCUGGAGUGGAGGCGUCAGUUCAGGAGCCGAUGACAUAACCGACUGGGAGGGCGCCGUGGUGUGCAACUGCAGUAUUCCAGGCAGAAGACUUACGGUGCAGAAGGAAGGGCCGAACAAAGGGCGGGAGUUCUACGUAUGCAGCAAGGACCGCAGCGAGCAGUGCCGUUUCUUCAAGUGGGCGGACGAAGUGGAGGAAGGAGGAGGUGGUGGUGCUAUGAGUUCCUGGGAAGGAGGAGGAGGAGGAGGAGGAGGAGGCGGCAGUCAGUGGCCGAGUCAAAGUCGCGGCGGCGGCCGAGGGCGGGGCGGCGGCGGGGGCGGCGGCGGCGGCGGCGGCGGGACGAAGCGGAAGGCGCCGGGCGAAGGACCCCGGAAGCGGAGGUGCGGCGUUUGCGGCGAGGAGGGACACAACAGGAAGAGUUGCCCGCAGAAUGAAUUUUGAAUAUUUUUGUUUAUCAUCAAAAAUACUGGUUUGAUAUGAGCAGGUUUGGGUUCUGUCGGUAUCUUCUGUAAUUCGUGUAUGGUUUUCCAAUGCAAAGCGUAAACAAAAAUGAAAUGACAAUUUUGUCAUUGUUUUCUACAUACUGCAGUGUUAUGCUAGAUAUUUGUGAUGAUGUUAAGCCUGUAUCAGGAAUACAUUCAUUCUCCCAAGUAUCAUUCCUGAAACAAAUGCAUUGAACCGAAAAGUCUAUCCAAAGCAGGUGCUGCAAAUUAUAACAUCACACCUUUUUGGCAAUUUGAUAAAAAGGGGAAACAAAUCAUUGGAUUGAAAAGAAACAUAAAGAAUAGAAACAAUGUAGGUUUGCCUUUUGGUUUUACAGACUUUGCUGAUGGUAUUAAACUGGAAAUAUUUUCUCAGUAUUUAGAUUUAACCGUCAUUGGAAUCUUUAGUUCUAGAUUUGAGUUCAAAAAGUGUCAUUUGUAAAUACCUAAGAUGUAUUAUUUUUACUUGACAUUAAUUUGCCAUGGGAAUAGUUAUAUAUAUAUAUGACUGCUUUUUGUAACAGACGCAGAUAUUUCAAUUUGGUGAGACAACAUUAUUAACAGACUGAAGAAUCUGUAUCUUAUUAUUUUGCGUAGAAACGUGAGAAUUAGCUAGCUAUUGGAAUGCAUUUACAGAAAGGACCACUAUGUUAGGUACAGAACACAUUAUAAAUAGCUAUAUAUAUAUGAAAUACAAAUGUAAAUAUGGUUUUGUAACAUUCUUGUAAUUAAUACGUUAUAGAUUUGAAUUACAA